AUGGCAUCUUGCAAUCCCUCCAGCACUAAACGAUGUUACAGAAUUGCUUCCAUUCCAGCAGACGGCAUUGGUUCCGAAGUCAUCGAGGCUGGAAUAACUGUUUUGAAGAAGCUGGCAUCCACGCUGGGGACAAUUGAACUGGAUUUUGAGAAUUUCGACUGGAGCAGCGAGUAUUACAAGAAGAAUGGGAAGUAUCUGCCUGAUGAUGCCUUGACUACGUUGAAAAAGUUCGACGCCAUACUGUUUGGAGCUGUAGGGACGCCUGAUGUCCCCGACCACAUCUCUCUCUGGGGUCUACGCCUUGCAAUCUGCCAGCCUCUUCAGCAAUACGCCAACGUCCGCCCAACAAAGGUAUUUCGCGGCACCCAGUCACCUCUCCGUGGCUGCUCCCCCGGGGACUUGGAUUGGGUAAUUAUCCGUGAGAACUCCGAGGGCGAAUACGCCGGCCAGGGAGGUAGAAGCAACGUAGGUAAACCAUGGGAGAUAGCCACGGAGGUGUCCAUCUUCACACGACAUGGUGUCGAGAGGAUCAUGGGAUUCGCCUUUGAGACGGCCCAGAGCAGGAGCAAAAAACAGCUUACCGUUGUUACGAAGAGCAACGCCCAGAGGAAUGGGCUGGUCCUGUGGGAUGAAAUUGCGGCAGAGAUUGCAAAGGCAUUCCCAGACGUGAAAUGGGACAAGAUACUGGUCGACGCAAUGACGACUCGAAUGGUGCUGAAGCCGGGGAGCUUGGAUACGAUUGUUGCUACGAACCUGCAUGCCGAUAUUCUCUCAGAUCUGGCAGCUGCAUUGGCAGGGUCCAUUGGCAUAGCUCCCACGAGCAAUCUCGAUCCGACACGGGAGAAUCCAUCCAUGUUUGAACCCAUCCACGGCUCAGCAUUUGACAUAACCGGAAAGGGAAUCGCCAACCCUGUUGCCACUUUCUGGACUGCGUCAGAGAUGCUGGCAUGGCUUGGAGAAAAAGACGCCGCAGCCAGGUUGCUAGAGUGUGUCGAGGCCGUUUGCGAGCAAGGAGUGGUCACGCCUGACCUUGGAGGGAAUAAUACGACCGUCGAGGUGACAACUGCCGUGUGCAAGGAGAUUGAGGGCCGGUUGGGGAGGUAUCUCAUCCUGGCCGGUCUCCUGGAUUUCGUUCCUGACCGCGCAGCCCAUGGCAACAACCGCAGAAACGGAGGCCAGAAACGACCAGACGACGACGACGAUGCGGCGAAACGAGGCGAGCAGGAGGAGAACAACGAGUGA